AUGAGCGACGGCGGCGGCGCUGGCCUGCCCCUGCAACAUGGCAAAGGCAAUUACCAGGACACUGGCGCGGACACCGAGUCGUUGGCGGGAUUAACAGGAUAUACACGAAAUUAUUAUGGCACUUCUGGUGGCAGCGAUGACCUGGCAAGGGCCAGGGCCGUCACAUAUGGAAAUUAUGCCCCACCCCAGGCCUGGUCCGGAUUUGUGCCCCAUUCGCAGACUGGACCGCGUGGCGGUAUCGAUUUUGUCAUUAAUACGGGAAAUUAUGAGGCUGGUCCUGGUCCUGGUCCUGGUGCCUAUCAAAGCUAUGGAUAUCAGUCGCCGACGCCGCGGGUGGCCACGCCCUACGGUCAUUACCAUUUCGAACAAAUUUCCAAUUAUCGCGACGAAACUGGCGAGCAAGAGGACCAGCAGGAGGCCAGUGCCUAUGCCAGGAUCAAAGAGCUGCAAACAUGGUCGAAUCCAGUGAAGCGACAGCAGGAGGAGGGGGAGGGCAGGGGGCAGCAGGAGGUGAGGGAACGGCAACAAGGAGUAAGGGAAGGGCAGCAGGACCCAAGGGAGCCGAGGGACCGCCACCAGGACCCUAGGGAACUGAGGGACCGCCACCAGGACCCUAGGGAACUGAGGAACCUGCACCACGACAAGCCCGAUCAACAGCUGCUCUACUCCCACAUCGAUUUGCAACUAGCAGAUCUGCCCAAAGCCCGUGACUUCCUGCCACCGAUCACCAGCAGCGUGCACCACACGCCCACGAGCAGCCAGGCCCUGGCCGGAGUGCCGCUAAGCAAACACAUCGAGACCAUCCGACAGGUGGCCGUCCCGCACUACCAGAAGCAGUUGGUGCCCUACAAACAGACGCUGCAGCUGCAGGUCCCCCGCACCGUUAUAGCCGCCGUGCCCAAGCCGGUGGCCAUCAAGGUGCCCGUCACCCGGACAGUGGCUGUGCCGCAGCUGCAGGAGGUGAAGAUACCCAUCGAGAGGAUCCAGCCAGUGCCGGUGGAGCGGCCCAUGCCGUUUGUGGUGGAGCGACGGGUGCCCUAUCGGGUGGAGAAGGCGGUGGCCACGCCCGUCUACUAUCCGUAUCCCGUUAAGGUGCCGGUGGUAAGGACGGUGGUGCACAAGCAGCAGCCGCAGCACCACCACUACCAUCCAGGGGGCUGGGGCACCAAUCAUUUGUUGGGCUGA